UAGUCACCCUCCCGCUACUGAAUCGCGCCACCAACCAAACUCAACUCGAGCAGCGCGCCAAAUCCCGAGCAACGGGAUUUCCUUGAGAAUCUUGUGCCAAACUCGCGUUGGUUCUUCCUCUCACUGAUAAAUCCGAACCUGUCGGCAAAAUGAGUCUCAAACCAACCAAGACGGUGAGCUGUUAGAGUGCAGUGGUUGAUGCUUGUUGUCCAACCAAAUUCAGACGAUGCUCGCGCAGCAGUACGACGCUCGUGACAACAAGUUGCACCUCAACGAAAUCCCCAUCCCGGAGCCGGAGGACCAUGAGCUCCUAGUUAAAGUUUCUUGCGCCUCGCUGUGCCAUUCCGAUCUCAUGCUCUUCGAGCCCAAUGACCAAGGACUUAUCCUAGGCCAGAACCCGCACACAAUCGGCCAUGAAGCUACAGGCCUAGUUGUGCAGGCCGGCUCAGGAGAGGUGGCCGGUCAGUUCAAGGAAGGUGAUCCUGUGGGCUUCAUUUGCGCUACCGAAUGCUGCUUCCAGUGUAGGCAGUGCAAGGAGGUUCACAAUGUCUGGUGCGAGACCGGAAAGACGCAGAUACAGGGUUUCUCCGUUGAUGGGUAUUUCCAGGAGUACGUUGUGGUGGAUGCACGCGAGGCCAUGGUGCUGCCUGAAGGAUUGGAUCCUAAGUCUGCCGCUCCUUUGUUCUGUGCAGGUAUCACCGCGUAUCACGGCGUAGAGGACUGUGGACUGAAGCCAGGCGAAUGGAUGGCCAUUAUUGGAUGUGGAGGACUAGGCCACCUCGGUAUUCAAUAUGCGAAGGCAAUGGGCCUGAAGGUCAUCGGUAUCGACAUUGCGGACCAAGCUCUUGAGGUGGCUACCAAGUGCGGCGCUGACCACGUCUUCAACUCCAUGACCGACAAGGACUGGCAGAGGAAGAUUGUCCAAAUCACCAAGGGCGGCGUCGAAGCUGCUGUCAAUUUCACGGCCUCCAAGAAAUCGUACGAUGACUGCCCGCCUAUCAUCCGACAUGGUAUCGGCACUUUGAUGGUCGUUGGUAUUCCGCAGCAGCCGCUGGAGUUGAACGCCUUUGACAUUGCUCUGAACCGGUACAAGGUUAGGGGUUCCAGCAACGGAACGUGUUACAACAUGAAGCCUGCUAUCGAGUUCAGCGCCAAGCAUAACAUCAAGCCUCAUCUUACUACCUACAAACUGGAGGAUGUCCCUAAGAUGAUGGAGCUCAUGAAGUCGCACAAGGCUCAGGGCAGGAUGGGCGUCGUCUUCGACUGAGGGUUCAAUUACGGUGAAAUGCAUAGAAUUGGGAGAUGAGGACGGUUUCCUUAACGAGGUGUUCUCAUCGGUGUACAUCACGUCUGGGAUCGCAUGCCCGGUUUCUGCAUCUGAUCAAUACAACAGAAAAUUUGAAUGCAUCAGGCGACAGCUUCAGAUAUACUCUGAUGGUGUGCUUCGCAAAUGGAACUCCCUUUGAACUGUUCGAACCG